AUGCGGAGCGCUGACUGGGACUGUCAGGGCCAGCAUUUCCUGCCCCAAGAAGUCGCCAGCAGCCGCCUGAUGGGAAGCUCUCCGGCCUCCUCCUUCAUGGGCAGCCUCCUCACCAGCAGCCUGGGCUCAGCAGCCUCCACGCACCCCAGCGGCCCCGCAGCCUCCCCCUCGGAGCAGGCCUACCGCAGCUCCCACUCCACCCCCUCUCAGAUCUGGUUCUCGCACUCACACGAAGCCCCAGGGUACCCCAGAUUCUCGGGAGGUCUGGCGUCCACCUUCCUGCCCGUGAGCCAUCUGGAUCCCCAUGGAAACAGCAACGUUCUGUAUGGGCAGCACCGCUUCUACGGAGCCCAGAAAGAUAACUUCUACCUGCGCAACCUGCCCCCCCAGCCCGCGCUUUUGCCCGCCAACCCCAACUUCCCAAGCGUGGCCCGGGCCCCUGCCCACCCCAUCGGCCCCUCCAGCCGUGACCGGAGCGAGGCAAGCUCCCUUCAGAAGGCCCCCAAGGAAUUCGACCGCUUCCUCAUGGGCAAAGAGCUGGGCAGAGAGAAGGCUGGCAAGGCGGCGGAGGCCCGGGAGCGGCCCUCGGCAGAGGAGGACGGCAAGGAGCGGCAUAAGCUGGUGCUGCCUAUGCCGGCCGAUGGGCCCUGCAAGGAGGGCACCCCCUUGCCCCGGGGAGCCUGCGAGGGCCGCCCCAAACACCUCACCUCCUGCCUGCUCAGUGCCAAGGUGCUUGGUGGUGAGCUGGGCAAGGCCUCGCUGGCCAGCUGUGCGGGGGGCCUGCUGGGGCGGCCCGGGGCGGGGGCAGGGGCGGCUUCUGGACGCUGCGCCAAGGAGGUAGCCAGCUCUGCGGAGCCAGGGCCGGCCUUCAGCGGGCGGCAGGUGCUGCACCAUGCCGUGUCCGACACAGUGCCCUCUGGCCUUCCCGCCGGGCCGCCUCCACCCCUCAACACGGCCGCAGGCUCCUUCCCCUGCCUGCAGCUACAUGCGGGCCCAGACGGACUCUGUCCGCUCCAGGACAAAGUCCCCAGGGACCUGAAGGCCAGCGGGCCCACCUUUGUGCCUUCUGCGGGACACCUGGCUGACAAGGGCCGCCCCUUCCAGGUGGCAGAGGCCUGUGCUGUGGUAGGCGAGGGCAAAGACCGGCUCCUGGAAGGGGUCGCCGCUCCUGACCACACUGGGCCCUAUGGCGUCCCCUAUGCACCCCCAAAGGCCGAGGGCAAGGGCGAGCGGCGGCCAGCAGGCUUCGAAGUGGCCCUCAAUGCCCGGCUCAAGGGCCUGGAGUACCUUGGUAGUACAGGCCCCGAGGCCACCUUCCCCAGACUCCCCAAAGCUGGUCUGGACAGAAGCAGCUAUUUUGAGUUGCCAGUCCCUUCACAGGACUGUGCCCGGCCGGGCCACCAGGAACCACUAGGCGGGAAGGCUGUCCAGGCCUGCUGCACUUUAGAUAAGGCCGCCAGCAAGGAGGGCCCUACUGGCACCUCGGGGGUCCAGAAGGUGGCCCGGAUCCGGCAUCAGCAGCAUCCCAUGGCCCCCGAGGUGGAGCCAGGGGGCAGCGGGGCCGAAGCCAAGCGCAAGUCCCUGGAGUUGCCGUCUCUGGGCUAUGGUGGGCCGCACCUGCCCCCAUGGAGCGUGCAGGCAGGCCAGGGCACCGUGGUGACCGUCAGCGAGGAGCGCAAGGGCAGUGCCUACCUGGACCCCUUUGGCAGUGGCCUGCAGCAGGCAGCCCUGCUGCCCCAGGACCGGCCCGCCCCACCUGACGAGAUCUCAGCCAUGAAGAACCUGCUCAAGUACAGCAAUCACGCCCUGGCCGUGGGCCAGAAGGCCGCCUUCGUGGGCCUGGGCAGCCUCAAGGCCAGCUGCAUCCAGCAGGAAGCCAAGUUCCCAGCCACCAAGGGUCCCGGGCAGGGGGAGAGGCCUGACUGCGCCCGCAGCCGGGAGCACGAGGCCCCACACGGUGACACGGAGGUGCGCCAGCCGCCCGUGGGCAUCGCAGUGGCGCUGGCCAGGCAGAAGGACACGGUGAGCCGGCCUGAGACGGCCUAUGGCAGCAACACCGGGCGGCAGGGCCGGGCCGCCCCCACCUUCAAAGCUGGCGGCGGACCUCGCUUGGCGCACACGCUGGACCCGGAGGCCGAGGAGGAGCGGACGCGGCUGUGUGAAGAGCGCCUGGGGCUCGGCCGCGAGCUGCUGCCGCAGGACAGCAAAGACCUCAUGGAGUUUGCCCGGAUCCACCCAUCCAGCAGCUGCCCAGGAGACCUGGCCCCCCACCUCAUGAUGCAGAGCAGCCAGCUAGGGGGCGACCCAGCCCCCCACAGCCACCCUGCCCACGCCCCCUGGUUGCCACGCACCCGCAGCCCCUCCUUGUGGAUGGGGGGGCAUGCCUACGGCCUGGGCCACCCGGCUCUGCACCAGAACCUGCCCCCUGGCUUCCCCGCUUCUGUGCCCGGCUCUGUGCCCUCUGUGUUCCCCCUCCCCCAGGACGCCCCCACACAGCUCGUCAUCCUGCCCUCGGAGCCCACACCCCACACCGCCACACACACACUCGUCGACGUCAUGGACCAGGCCUCGCUGUGGCCGCCUGUGUAUGGGGGCCGGGGCCCAGCCGCCCACAUGCAGCACCCCGGCCAGCUCCCGGUGUACCCGCGCUCCCAGCUCCUGAGGCAGCAGCAGCAGCAGCAGCAGCGAGCUCCCCAAGCCCUGGGGCUGCAGCGGGCCACCCAGCUCCAGGUACACGCCUCCAGCCACAAGCCAGUUGCCUUAACCCCCACAGCCAAGGGCACCCCCUCGCCUGCCACCGCGGGCCCUGUCAAGUUGUCACCCUGCUGCCACUCACCCGCCCCGAAGCCCCCUGCCAGCUGCCCCACGCCACCACCACACCCUGGCGCCCCGUGCACUUUCUCUGUCUGCCCUGUCGUCAGCCCCGGGUCUGGCUCCAGGGUCCCCAGCACCGAGGAUGAGAGUGGGGACAGCCGGCGACCCAAAGCCGACCUCUGCGUGCUGGAGCCAGACCUUCCUCCUGGAUACUUGCGCCCCACGGCCGGCCUGGGCUUCUCUCCCCUGCCCUCGGAAGUGCACUCAUCUGACCUCGUGGGCCCCGAAACUAUGCAAGCAGCUGCCCCCAGGGCCCAGCCUGAGCCAGCGAGGACGUUCCUGCCGGGGGAGCCACCCCCUUGCAGCCCUGUGAGCCUGGGGGAGCCCAGGCUGCUCUCAGGGCCCAGGGAGGCCACACAGGACCUGGCUGUCCCCCACCCUGCCGAGCAGGGCCCCCCGGGGAAGGCAGCAGACCCCAGCCCACUUGAGGGGCUACGAGAACUGCAGUGUGAGGUGGCCCUCGAAGGAGGGGGCCCCAGGGCCACUGGCCCAGUUCAUUCUACUCAGGGAGGGGCAUGUGAAGAGAGGACCGUGGAGGAGGGCAGGGAGGCAGGGCAGCGGCCCUGGGCAGGGGCCUCCCCCCACGCUCUGGAGCAGCAAGCAGGGAGCCUGGGUGCCCGGGACAGGGCUGAAGAGACUGCAUGGCAGGCUCCUGAGGACAUGGAGCUGCAGGAGGACAGCCUGGAAGAGGAGAGUGUGGAGGACUCAGAGGAGGACUGGGGGGCGGCUCCCAACCACAGGCCCCCUCUCAGGGCACUGCCAGGCCUGGAUGCCCUGGUGGCUGCCACUAUCGACUUAGGGGACCUGCCCAGCAUCAGCCCACUGGCCUCUCAGCCCCCGGCGGCGUCUGGAGCACCCCCAGCGGUCCCUCCUGCAGCGCCCCAGCCCCGUAGCUCAGGAAUUCAUGGGCUUGCCCUGCUCAGUGAACUGGCCGACCUGGAGACCCAGCGGCAGAAGAGCGAACAGGCUGGGCGAGCAGAGGAGGAGGACGUGCUGGCUUUCAACCUGCAGCGCCUGGCCACGCUGGCCACAGCCUGGUCGCUGGUGGAGGCUGCUGGCCUGGACAGUGACUCCGUCUCCGCCCAGCGGCCUGCUGCCGCCGCCUGCAACAGCCCCACACUCACACCCCGCAUGCAGAUCCUGCAGCGCAAGGGCACCUGGGCCCCCAAGGCCAAGCCCGUGUGCCCGCUGAAAGCAGCCAUCGACCGUCUGGACACGCAGGAGGUGCAGAUGCGUGUGCAGCUGGCGGACUUGCAGCGGCGCUACAAGGAGAAGCAGCGGGAGCUGGGCCGCCUGCAGCGCAGGCACGACCGCGAGAGGGAUGAGAGCUCCCGGAGCCCAGCACGGCGGGGGCCAGGCCGGCCCAGGAAGCGCAAGCACUCCAGCUCACUGCCCGGCCUGCGUCCCGGGGCCCAGCUCGCCAGGAGUGACAGCAGAAAAGUCAAGGCAGUGCGGGCCAGCCUGAGUCUCCUGUGUGCCGAGCUGCGGGGGAGCAGCGAGGAGCCCGUGAGGAAGCGCGGCAGACUGGAAAGGAGUGUCUACACGGGCCUGCAGGACGUCUGUGCGGACAAGGCGCGGUGCAAGAGCAGCAGCGACCAGGGCGAGCUGGCAGCGGCAGUGGCCCACAGGGUGUCUCCACUGAAGCCCCAGGUCCAGAGCAAGGGCCUGCCCACUGGCCUCAGCCCCUUCCAGCAGAAAGAGGCCGCCCCUGGGGGGCGCACCCGGAAGAAGUUGUCCCGAGCCAAGAGCAGCGAGGUGUCCCAGGCCGCCCGGCACCCGCAGCCUGAAAGCAAUGGCAGCAAGGAGAGACCCAGGUUCCCGGCUCAGCUGAUGGUGGGCGCGGCCCAGGGGCCAGGCAGCGGCUACUACAGCGAGGACUGUGGGGACCUCCUGGGUGCCGAGGUGCCGUCGAGAGAUCCCGGGGCAUUACUGCACACGGGGGCCAGUGCGGUGGGGCUGGGGCCCUCACCCUCGUCUGUGGUCAAGAUGGAGGCCAACCAGAAGGCCAAGAAGAAGAAGGAGAGGCAGGGGCUGCUGGGGCCCUGCCGCCUGUCCAGCCCAGAGAGCGAGGUGAAGAUCAGAAGGCGGGCAGUGAAGGCCAAGGUGGGCGCUAAGCUGGAGCGAGCCCCGGGGCGGAAGCCGCCUGGUGUCCCAGGAAAGAAGAAGGCCGGGGGCAAGGCUAAAGCUGGCCUGCGGGCAGAGCCGGGCACCACCGCCCGCAGGGACACCCUCUUCAGCCCCCCCCGGGCCUUCGGCUGCCGAGAGGAGGGCAGCAGGCUGGCCAGUGAGCGCCUCCAGAGAGCCACGCGCAAAAGCACCCUGCUGCCGCCCACGCUGCGGCGGAAGAACGGGGCCCUGUCCAUCGCCCUGUCGGCCCGUAACACCAAGGCCAUCCUGGGGAGGAGCAGGACCAGCGGCAAGCAGGGCAAGGGCCGCGCAGUCAGCCGCUUGCUGGAGAGCUUUGCUGUGGACGACAACUUCGAGUUUGGGGACAACAGCAGUUUCUCGGAGGAGGAGGAAGAGGUGGCACCAGUGACCAGCAGCCCCCUGACUGCCGAGCAGAGCGCUGCCCUGGCGCGCUCCUGCACCAUCCGCGAAGAGGACCUGCAGGACGGCCUGCCCGUGCUCAUCCCCAAGGAGGACAGCCUGCUGUACGCGGGCAGCGUCAGGACCCUGCAGCCCCCCGACAUCUACAGCAUCGUCAUCGAGGGCGAGAGAGCCAACCGGCAGAGGGUCUAUUCCCUGGAGCAGCUGCUGCAGGAGGCGGUCCUCGAUGUCCGGCCACAGUCCAGCCGCUUCCUCCCGCCCGGCACACGGGUCUGCGCCUACUGGACCCAGAAGUCACGGUGCUUGUACCCUGGCAACGUGGUCCGAGGCACCUCCAGCGACGAGGAGGAAGACCUAGACUCUGUGCUGGUGGAGUUUGACGAUGGGGACACCGGCCACAUCGCCGUCUCCAACAUCCGGCUGCUGCCCCCGGACUUCAAGAUCCAGUGCACGGAGCCCUCCCCAGCCCUGCUAGUGUCCAGCAGCUGCCGGAAGACCAAGAAAGCACCCAAUGCAGUGCCCCCGCCCAGCGAAGCCUCAGCCCCCAGCCUGACCCCCAAAGCCCAGGACAGCCCCGAAGCCGCCAAGGCCCCCGGGCAGAAAUCCGUCCACAAAGAUAAAGCUGGCGAAGCCGGACUCCUGACCUCAGGUGCCAAGCCUCCCACUGGAGCCCCAGACCACUUCCUGGGCCGCCGGGGCAGCCCCCUUCUGAGCUGGUCGGCCGUGGCGCAGACCAAGCGGAAGGCGGUGGCCGCAGGCACCGUGGGCAAAGGGCCAGGGGUGCUGCAGAACCUCUUCCAGCUCAGUGGCAGCACCAAGAGGCCGCGGACCCGUGAAGCCCUGUUCCCCAUGCCUGGCAUGGCUGCACCUGUGUUCGGCAAUGGCUUCCGUGCCGACUCCUUCAGCAGCCUGGCCAGCGCCUACUCUCCCUUCGUCAGCGGGGCUGGCGGGGCGGGCCCCGGCCUGCCUGGGGGAGCCCACAAGCUGCUGCGGGCCAAGAAGGCCGAGCGGGCGGAGGCCGAGAAGGGCGGGCGGCGGCGGGUGGGCGGCGAGUUUCUGGUGAAGCUGGACCACGAGGGUGUGACCUCCCCCAAGAACAAGAACUGCAAGGCGCUGCUGGCGGGGGACAAGGACUUGGGCCCCAAGCUAGGGCGGCCCCUGCCCAGCCCCAGCUACCCACACCCAGCUGUCCUGGGCAAGGACAAGAAGGGGCGGGCACCCGUGCCCCCGCUGCCCAUGGGGCUGGCACUGCGCAAGUACACUGGCCAGGCUGAAUGCCCGCUGCCAUGUGACAGCGACUGCCCCAGCUCCUACUCGGAGGACGAGGACGAGGCGGGGCUGGCCGCCGGCGUGCCCUCUCGCUUCCUCGCCCGCCUGUCUGCGUCCUCCUCCUCGUCCGGCUCGUCCACCUCCUCCUCCUCAGGCUCCGUGUCCACCUCCUGCCUCUGCUCCUCGGACAACGAGGACUCCUCCUGCAGCUGGGACGACGAGGACCCGGCCCUGCUGCUGCAGACCUGCCUCGCGCACCCCGUGCCCGCGCUCCUGGCCCAGCCCGAGGCCCUGCCCCCCAAGGGGGGCGGCCCCGACGCACACGCCCAGCGCUGCUUCCUGUCCAGGGCCCCGGUGGCCACUGUGGGCGCAGGUGCCGGCCCCAGCAGCACCAAGCCCAGGCUCAGGCGCAGGGAGGCCCUGAGCUGCUCCAGAGCCAAAGAGCUUUCCCGGAGGCAGCGGCUGCCCUCCGCGGAGAACCGGCCAAAGAUCUCCGCCUUCCUGCCUGCCCAGCAGCUCUGGAAGUGGUCAGGGAGCCCCACACAGCGGCGCGGUGUGAAGGGCAAGGCCCGGAAGCUGUUCUACAAGGCCAUCGUCCGGGGCAAGGAGACACUGCGAGUCGGGGACUGCGCCGUCUUCCUGUCGGCCGGGCGGCCCAACCUGCCCUACGUAGGCCGCAUCGAGAGCAUGUGGGAGUCCUGGGGCAGCAACAUGGUGGUGAAGGUCAAGUGGUUCUACCACCCGGAGGAGACCAAGCUGGGGAAACGGCAGGGCGAUGGGAAGAACGCCCUGUACCAGUCCUGCCAUGAGGACGAGAACGACGUGCAGACCAUCUCCCACAAGUGCCAGGUGGUGGGCCGGGAGCAGUACGAGCAGCUGGCCCGUGGCCCCCGGCUCCAGGACCGGCAAGACCUCUACUACCUGGCGGGCACCUACGACCCCACCACCGGGCGCCUGGUGACUGCCGACGGUGUGCCCGUCCUGUGCUGAGCCUGCCACAGGCUCCUCCCC